GUUACUUUGUAAACAAAAAUUGAGGUUAGGCAUAAUGUAGCACGUAUUUUUGAAUUAAAAUUUAAUCAUUAAACAAAAUUAUCGUUUUAUUAAAUGUUCAAGUUAUAGAGUUUGUAAAAGGGUACAUUUUCUAAUCAUGUGGCGUCGAUAUUUGAUAUGGUUUGCACACGAACAUGUCGAUUUCAGAUACGCUGAAAUACAGAGCAUACUAUCACUAUUUGAUAUGCCAAUAAAAUACAUUGAAAAACCUUGUAUAAGCAAACCAUAUUGGGUUGUAGAAUUACCAUCCGAGGAGUGCGUGAAAAAGAUCGCGUCACGUUCGGUUUUAAUUAAAAACUGUAUAGAACUCUGGGGGAGAGCUAAAACAGAAGCUCGCUUACAUGAAAACUUGAAAAGUUCCAUCAGUAAUGACACAGGCAGUUGGAUUUGUACAGAUACAUCAGAUGAUAAUAGUGAUUUCCAUAUAUGUCCUAGCGAACUUUUAGAAGCAUGUAGUGAUGGUGAAAAAUCGUUUAAAAUUGAAGUUGAGACUUUCUGUAAGCAUUUCACUAUGAAGGAGAAGGUUGAUAAAAUUGAGAAAUUUAGCUACCUACCUCUGAAGGGUCCAGUGAAACUGAAGAACCCAGACAUUACCCUCUCCUACCUUGAGUUUUAUGGCGUGGACCCCAACAAUGUGCCUGAACAUCCCCAUGAUUUGUUCUUUGGUAGAUGGGUAGCAGAUGGUCAACGUGACCUCAUUCAAGUGCAUUCACUGAAGAGACGUCAAUUCAUCGGCAACACAAGUAUGGAUGCACAGCUGUCCAUCAUCAUGGCCAACCAAGCUCAAGUGGCGCCCGGACAUACUGUACUGGACCCCUUUGUAGGCUCAGGAUCAUUGUUGGUAGCCGCGGCGCAUUUUGGAGGCUAUGUAUGGGGUUCGGACAUAGACUUCAUGAUGUUGCAUGCUCGCUCGCGCCCCACACGCGUCGGCCAAAAGGUACGUACGAAGGAGGAGAGUAUAAGGGGCAACAUGGAGAGCUACGGAACCAAGUCAAAGUAUUUGGACGUCAUAGUGAGCGACUUCUCCUUGCCGAUGUGGAGGAGCGAUCUCAAAUUCGACGCCAUCAUUACUGACCCGCCUUACGGAGUGCGGGAACCGAUAGAGAAGAUUGGCAUAGAGAGAGAAAACUACACCCUUUCAGAGCAACACCUGGUCAACCACAUCCCCGCCAAAGUGGAGUACGGCCUGCCCCACAUCUAUAGUGACCUGCUGAACUUCGCGGCCACACAUCUCGAGAUGGGCAGACGGAUUGUGUGCUGGUACCCUUUAGUCAGAGAGGAGUACAAAGAAGAGCACUUGCCAUAUCACCCGUGCCUGAGGCUGGUGUCCAACUCGGAGCAAGUGCUGUCGAAGCUGACCGCGCGCAGGCUGCUCACGUACGAGAAGAUCAGCGAAGACGUGCCCGCCAGAACAGUCGACCCUAAUGCUACUGAGCACAACUUUAGGGAAAAGUACUUCACAGUGGGGGAAUUAACAAGGAGAGAGAGAAAGGAGAAGCGAGCGAAGGAGCUGAUAGCCAACUCGUACUGGAUCGAGCUGAGCAAAUGUAAAAAUACUUAGUUUAAGCCCAAUAAAUAGCUUUUAAACAAUA